GGCGGGGGGAAAAAAGAGAAGCACUGCACUCAUGUGAAAGUUAAUUAAUUCUAGUCAAUAGGAUUGGAUCGAUCGAUUUGUAACUUAUUAGUUAUUGCCUGGAUACAUAAACUAAUGGUUAAAAACGGAUAAUUUGUUGUUAUCAAUUAAAAAGAGAGUAUAAUAUAAAGAAACAAUAACUAAUGAUCAUAUAUCAGUGCAAAAAACCGAAACUCAUAAUAAUUUUGUGUCUAUUAGUUUUCGUUGGUCUAUCAAUUUGCAUAUAUAUUGACUACAUUUUGCCUGAAUUCUAUCAAUAUCACUUGGUGCGGAGUUAUGCCAACAAUAAUAAUAACAAUAAUAAUAAUGCUGAUGGCUCAAUCCAAACGCGAACUCCUAUCAUAUUAUUAUGGAAUGAUUUUUUCGGAGAUUCGCGCUGGAGUUUACGCAAAGAUGAUUUAAUUCCGUCCCAUUUACGUAAUCAACUUAAGUGUCCUGUCUAUGAAUGUAUGAUAACGAAUCGUAGAGAAUAUUUACCCGCAUUAGAAUUGUAUGACGCUGUGGUGUUUCAUGUCGCACAACCACGUUCCAUUAUAAAAUCGGUGCCUUCUCGCAGAUCAUCAAAACAAUUAUAUAUAUUCGCUUUAAUGGAACCACCAGCAGAGACUAAACACAUUUUACGAAACGAAAAUGGUUUUUAUAAUUUAACUAUGACUUAUCGCUUGGAUUCCGAUAUAUUAUGGCCUUAUAAAUGGAUAAUGGAUAAAGAGACUGAAAUGCGUGUCGCUCCCGCUGAAUUCCCGCAAUGGCGUAAACAAUUUGUACAUGAAAAUGAUGAUGACUUUUUAAAGAGAUUGUGGCCGCAAAAAGUCAAAUUUUCGGCAUGGUUCGUCUCGCAUUGCAAGACUUUAUCGGAACGAGAAGAAUUGAUCAAACAAUUGCAACAAUACAUCGACAUAGAUAUUUAUGGGAAAUGUGGUAACUACAGUUGUCCGCGCAGUUCAACUGACUGUAAUCGUUUACUUGAUGAAAAAUAUAAAUUUUAUUUCUCAUUCGAGAAUUCUGUAUGCGUCGAUUACGUUACCGAAAAGCUCUAUAAUAUUAUGGAAUAUAACGUUAUACCGGUGGUCUAUGGUGGUGCCAAUUAUACACGUUUCGCGCCUCCUCAUUCAUAUAUUAACGCUGAAGAUUUUGAAAAUCCAAAAGCUUUGGCCGACUACUUAUUGUACCUGUCACAGAAACCUGAUGCUUAUAUGCGCUAUUUUUGGUGGCGUCACUAUUAUAAGCUCAUCAAUUAUUCGCCAUUUUGUGAUAUAUGUAAGAAACUGCAUGAGCCCAAUUAUCAUUUGAAAACCCAAAUUUACGAAAAUAUUGAAAAAUGGUGGUUGGGCAACAUGUGUCGCUUUAAGAUGCGUAUUAAAUUCUAAAAUAUAACAUAACUUGUAACUAAUAUUGUAAGUGUUAUCGUUAUAUAGAGCUUAAGUUAUUUAAUUAAAUUUGUUCUAUCUUUUCCUUUAUAUAUAAUAAAUCAAAUAAGUAUAAUAUGUCCAAAUUCAAGAUAUUAAUCCGAAGCAAAUGAAGCGAUAACAUAACAACUCUAUGUAUCUUCAUAGAGUUUUAUUUAUUUAUUUAUUUUUUUUUUUUUCGAAAGGGCAGCAGAAGUAUAUUAAAGUUGAUGACUUUUUUGUUAUUUUUUUAUACUUUUUUGGAAAAGAGAUCAUAGUGAGCUUGGUAGGAAUCCAUUUCACCAUCUCUUUUAUGGUCGAAUUUACAAACUUGUAAACUAUAGAGUUUGUAUAUGCUCUUGGAUCAAUUCUGUAGAUGAAAAUUAUUAACAAGUCGAUUUUGGUCAAAGGGAAAGUCGACAAUUUUUGCAAUAAUCUACUGUCGGCAAUAAAGGCUUCGAUCAAAUAGAAAUCAUAUAUGUUUCCUAGCUGAUUUAGAAACACUGUACGGGGCCACGGCCGACUCUUAUGUACAAUAUCAAACCUGGAAGGUCUUAAUAUAAUGCCUUUUAGAAAUGACAGAGUAUACAGCAAGUUGUCGAAAAAGUGCGUUCGUCUUUGAGCCGAAACACAUCAGUGCGGAAAAAUGGACAGACAAGCCUAGAUUGGCAUAAUAAAAGGUGGAUCUAUUUCAAGUCCUUCUGGUAGACGUAGAAAACAUAAUCAAUAGUAUUGUUAACGUCGUGUUUACAUGGCGACUUGAUUGAACCGAAACUUAUGCUCAAACAAGGCAUUUGGAUCCAGUAAAGAGUCCACAUUGGCCAACCUAAAUCAGCCCAUAAAAUAUUCUGUUGCAAAUAACUGCCGCCUCGAAAAUGAUAUCGUGAUCUCGGUUAAUAGUUGCUACUAAUUUUUUAAAUAGGGUGAAAUCCGAUUUAUUAAAAUCAUACCUUGGCUCUCCAAGACUUGAGUUGGAUGGCCUUGCCAGAUUAGACUUCACCGCCGUUUGAUUGUAUUGAUGCAUUAAGUAACGUAUGAUGAGAAUUCUCAGGUUAAGGAGAAAUGCGAACAACGACCAUCCGAGAAUUCCAGCACAUUAGAAAAUAUUAGGUCCAAGUUCCUAUUAUUUUUAAUAAGAAUAUCAUUUCGCCUAAAAAGCCUAACUCACAAAUGUCAAUCGCAACCGUCGGCAAAAUCAAGAUCAAAACAUUUGCAAAAAUCCGACUUGGGCAUACCAUUGCAACACCUUAAUGGAUCUUUAAGAAUUCUACUCCUCCGACAUGUGACUGUGGACAACGUCUUACGAUUACACAUAUAUAACACUUGGUGAAUACCGAAACCUUUCUAAAA